GGAGGCAUUGUUGCCGCACAGGGCCCUCGUGAGCAGCGGCCUGGCCAGGGCGGCGGCGGUGGCAGGGUGCCCGCGUCUGCAUGCUGAAGAAGAUGGGUGAGGCCGUGGCCAGAGUUGCGCGGAAGGUCAACGAAACGGUGGAGAGCGGCUCUGACACGCUGGACUUGGCUGAGUGCAAGCUGGUCUCCUUCCCCACCGGCAUCUACAAGGUCUUGCGCAACGUCUCCGAUCAGAUCCACCUCGUCACACUGGCCAACAAUGAGCUCAAGUCCCUCACCAGCAAGUUUAUGACCACGUUCUGUCAGCUCCGAGAGCUCCGCCUGGAAGGGAACUUCCUGCACCGCCUCCCUAGUGAGGUCAGUGCACUGCAGCACCUCAGAGCCAUCGACCUGUCCCGGAACCAGUUCCAGGACUUCCCCGAGCAGCUCACCACCCUGCCGGCGCUGGAGACCAUUAACCUGGAGGAGAAUGAGAUCGUUGAUGUGCCCGUGGAGCAGCUGGCCGCCAUGCCAGCCUUGCGAAGUGUCAACCUCCGCUUCAACCCACUGAGUGCCGACGUGCGCGCCAUCGCCCCGCCACUCAUCAAGUUCGACAUGCUCGUGUCUCCGGAGGGGGCUCGAGCCCCCCCACCAUAGGCCACCCUCCUCGGCCCGCCCACCAAGGGACAGAGGCCACCUGGCCCAGCACCUGGAGAGGAGGGAGUCCCAUGGGUGGCCAAGCUUGGGGGCUGGUAGGGUGGGGCAGACAGCACAUGAAGCCGGGGUACAGCCAGCCCCUGGCCUGGGGCACAUAGCUUAGAGCAGUUGGGGCCCAGACACACCAGAGUGGGGGGAUGAGGUGGCGGGGCCAGACCCCUCGAUCUCUGAGCUUUGGUAAUUGGAUAAAGGGGCGGUGGGGGUGCCCUUUGCCUCCUGGAUACUUUUUAGGAAAGACUUGCCUCCAACUCUCAGGCACCUUCUGAGCCCACCUUGGAGCAUUUCCUGGGCCCUGGGGGUUUGAGGACUUGUCAGUGCUGGGCCAGCCAGACGCUGCCCUCAGAAUGGAAGGAAGACAACCUCUUACUAUUUAUUGCUUUCUGAGAACAGACUCAGGGGAGACCCACCCUUCAGAGCACCCCUCCUCCACCCUGGUUGGAGCCAGAAGUAGUGGGCCAGCUGGGGUGGGUGAGACCACCGACAGGGCCAAGCAGGGCUAAGAACGUUCACCCAGAAGCUCAUGCCUACCCCUGGUCGCCUCUGCCCUGAGCUUCCCCGACGAAGGAACAGGCCAGCGUGCUCUGAGCUCUGAGGCCAUUCCCUUCCUGGGCAGGGGCCGGGUGUCCCUGGUGCUCUGAGCUCUGAGGCCAUUCCCUUCCUGGGGAGGGGCCGGGUGUCCCUGGCAUCCACCGUUGAGCCACAGGAGGAGGGCCCCAAGAGAAACAGCCAUUCACCCUGCCGCUUUGCUCGGAGGUCUUGUGAAAGCCACACAGCAGUCCCUCUGGGGGCUCUGCAGCCUCCAGGCUCCCACGUCACUACUCAAAGCCCUGACCACCGAGUCAUUUCUAAGCUCUCAACCUGGGGUCUAGAUGUGGCCAAGCAAUGGGGUGACCGAGGCGCCUGGUUUGCCUGUGAUUAAGGGUGUCCCAGGUUGUCACAUUUUCAGUGUUAACACUAGGAUGGUGGUGGCCUUCCCCAGACAGGGCCUGGCACUCUUGCUUUUUGGCUGCACCUUUGGUUUGGAGAGCCCCAACCUUUGACCCUCCCAGUAUCUAGCUAUCUACCUCCACUUCCUGUUCACCUGUGGAGCAGGUGACUUGGAGCUGCCCCAGACCUCAUUUACCCUGGAAUUGUGGGAGGGGUGGAGUACUUGGAGGCAGCCACGGGGUCCCAGAACUUAGGCGUAGCCAGGCCAGGCAACUUCUGCGUCCUGCAGACCAGUGGCCACUCCACCCCUCCUAGGGUUAAGCUGUCCCCGACUCAGGCCUUCCUCCCAGUGCUCCUGGUCCAGUGGCUGCCCUGCCCUGAGAGGCUCGAGACCACCGCACCUGCUUGGUGCACUAAGCCCUGGGAAAGAGGCCGCUGCCAGGCUCCGUUCACCUCGCCUGCUGGGGGCGAGGCCAGGCCGAGGCUCCGAGGCUCUGGGUGCUUCACCUCGUGCCCUAGAGUUUGCGUCCUCCCAGCCCCAGAAGGGGGUCCCUUUGAGAGAAAAAAGCAUUCUGUAGCCAGAGCCUUGCAGCUCUGAGAGGGGCCAGUGGGCCAGGACUGUCCGCCACCCCUCCACCCCCCACUCCCUGGGCGUUUGGUAGCAAUGCAGGGGCUCCUGUUUCCUCGGGCCUCCUGCGCUAGGUCUGCGUUUCCCCAAGACCCACCUGGACUCCUUCGAGCACUGCGCAGUUCCGGAAGCAAGCUUCCAAGGGCAGCCCUGCGGCGGACCUUGCGUUGAGGGUGAAACUCUUCCUGCUUCGUUCAGGGGUUUGCGGCUGCUCCUUCCUCCCUAAAGCAGCUCUGGCCGGGCCUCCCUCGGGUCUUUCAGAGCUGGUCCCACACCAGCAGAGGAUGAGGGCGGGUUGCCUGGCCAGGGCCUUCUUAUCUCUGGACCCUCCUGCACGGCAGGUGGCCUGCUCCCCCACAGCCUCAUCCCAGGCUUCUUUACCGGUUGCUCCCUGAGAAAGUCUGCUCAGCUUGGAGAGUUGCCCGCCCCUCUCGGGAAGACAGCGCCCUCAGCUUGGAGUCUUCAAUAAAGGAGGCAUUGGGCUCACCUGCCCGGCUGA